AUGAAUAAUUCUAAAAUAAAUGAUGAUACAAAUUAUUGUUGUUUUGCCAAUGGAAGAAGAAAUUCAGAUUCAUUUUUUGCAAAUCAUGUUAUAGAUGAUGAUGUAAAAUACUAAUUUAUUUAGGGUGAUGUAUUAAGAACUACUGGAGUGCUAUUAUAAUUAUAUAAAGGUGGUUAGGAUAUAGAAGUUAUUGUAAAGAAUUUAGAGAAGGUGAGAUUAAAUCCAAAUUGGUUGAGUUAAAAAAGAGAGGACUUAGAAUAUUAUAUACCAUAGUUUAUCAAUUAUUUAGUAUUUAGAGCAAAUCAUAAUGAAUUAAUAAAUUUCUUAUUUGAUGUUUGUUAAAAUAACUUUUUCUUUGCACAUUUGACUUACUUUUAAUUAAAAUCCUAAUCAUAAAUAGUGAAUAAAAAAGUCAUAAAUUUAAAAGAUGUUUAGAAGUUUUUGAUUGAUUAUACAAAUAUAAUGAAAGAAAAAUAUGGUAAUGAAUAUUUAAUCAAUGGAUAAUAAUUUGUUUCUCAUAAUUCUAACAAAGAAUCAAUUUAAAUUUAUGGGACUCCUAGCUAUGAUUAAUAAAUAUCCAAAGUUAAUGCUUCAGAAAUUAAUAUAAGAUAAUAUUUAUCUGUAAAUAAAGAUAAUUAAACUAAUGAACAAAAUAAUGGAUUCUCUUCUACUAUUAAUUUCUGGGAUGACAUAAUUAGAAUAUCUGAAAGGUAUAUUAAAUAAUUAAUUAGACUUUAUCUAGCUUAUCCAUAAAUAAUAUCUUUAAAGGCAGAUCUACAGAGAAUUAAUUAAAAUCUUCCAUCUUCUAUAUACAUACCUUUUGUUAAAGAUCAAAUUAGAAAUUAUGUAGUCUUAAAUAUAGUGGCAUCAGAAACCAAAGUAUUUUCUACCAAAGAAAGAUCACCUUUCUAUAUUUGUCUGGAAAUCUAUAGACCAGAUGUUGAAAAGGAUCAAAGAAAUGACUAUAAAUAAUCUGAAGCAAUCACUUUACAAAAAUCUAUCUUACAAUAGAAAAUGUCAAUAAAUGGAUCUGUUUGUCUAGAUUAAGGCAAAUGUAUUAUUCUUAGAUAAUAUGUAAGAUCCAAAUGUGCAUAAGAUUUCAGUACAAUAACCACUCUAAAUUAUUGAUGAGGAUAUUAUAGAUGAAACACCAACAGUAUAAUUUUAUUCCCCUGAAAAUGAUGAGGAAGUAGAAGAAAAGAGCGUUUAUUAAUCAUUUUCAAAAGAGAAUCAUGAAGAUUUUGUAAGUGUUGGAAGUUCAUUUGUAUAGGAAAAUUAACGAAAAAGUAUGUUACUUGGACAAGAUGGCCAAAGUUUAUUCGGAGAGUCAGCUAAAGACCAAGAGUAAAGAAUUAAGGAAUAAUCGCUAUUUGGUAAUCUUAAAUCCUGGAGAUUGGUUCAUCUUAUUGUGAAAUCAGGGGAUAAUUUAAAAUAGGAGUAGUUUGCUAUGCAACUCUUAUCUACUAUAGAUUAAAUCUUUAUUAUUGAAGACCUACCUAUGAGAUUAUCAAUUUAUGAAGUAAUAUCCUUGGGGCCCAAUUAUGGAUUAAUUGAAAUGGUGAAAGAUGCUAUUACAAUUGAUUCAUUAAAACGAUAAUUAUGGAACAGACAAUAAACAUUAAGCUAAUUCUUCGAGUAAUCAGUAUAUCUGUUCAUUUAUUAGUCAUAACUUUAGUGAUCGUCAUCGAACCAAUUUUAUGCAUAGCUUAGUUGGAUAUUCUUUAGCCUGUUAUAUACUUUAACUUAAAGAUAGACAUAAUGGAAAUAUUUUAUUAAAAAGAGAUGGCCAUUUAGUUCAUAUAGAUUUUGGAUUUUUCUUGGGAAAUGCUCCAGGGAAGGGAAUAGAAAUUGAAAAUAAAGUUGCAUUUAAAUUAUUAAGUGAAUAUAUUGAAAUACUUGGUGGUGUUUCAAGUGAUUUAUUUAAAAAGUUUAGAGAACUAUUUUAUAAAGGCUUUAUGGCACUUAGAAAACAUAGUGAUCGAAUCUUAUUACUUGUAAAAAUGAUGUAAUAAAUUAAAUAUAAAUCUAUAGGUAUUCUGGACAUAAGAACUCUAUGCCUUGUUUUAAAAGAGGAGAUAAAUCUAUUACUUAAUUAGAAGAAAGAUUUUAUUAAUAUGAAGAUGAUAAUUAAAAAUUAAAUGUUAUUUGUUAAAAGUAGAAUCACUCAAAUUAUAUUAUAGCAUCAUUAAUUCAUCCAUAGAUAAUUGGAGAGCAAAAUGGUAUGAUAAAUACCAAUAUUAUGUCCAAGGCAUCUUUUAUUGA